AUCUAACAAAACACAUUGAAUAGGAAGGAUUAGUAUUUGAAAAAUUACCAAAACUAAGGGUUAAGGGCUCCACAUUUAUCUUUUAAUCUGUUUCAUGUAAUUUGUAACUUUUUAUUUUGGAAAUGACCCCUUAUUAAUCUUUCAAACAUUUUACUUAUCUUUCAUUACUUUGUACUCCACGUGUUAAAUAUUUUAUCAAAUUCAAUCCAAAACCAAACAAAAUUAUAAUUAGGUUUAUAUAUAUAUAUAUAUAUAUAUAUAUAUUUCAUGAUAUACCACUGAGUUUCUUUGAUAUUGACCAUAUACCACACGAAAUGUUUUAAUUCACCAUAUACCAUUGAGUUUACGUCCGUUAGCACAAAAUACCAUUAAUGAUAACUGCCGUCAGUGUGCCGUUUGUGGUAAAUUAUCAGUAUGCCCUUACGCAUUCAAUUGGGUGCCAUUCUUAGGCUUGACUUCCACAAACACAACGUAUUUCUUCAAAAAAUUGAUCCUCCAUCUUUCUUCUUCUCCAUUCAAGAAACUUUAUAUUUGUCUUCAUUGAUCUAGAACCCUUAAAAUCCAUCAAAAAUCCUUAAAAUUCUUAAAAUCGAUUUGUUGUAAAGUGAAUUGCAAGUUUGUGAAGUGAUUUAGAACCCAAACACAGGUGGUUGUGACUGAAUUUCGCACAAAGUUCGCUAAUUCGGUGGAUUAAGCAUACGCAAGGUAUUACUAUCCUUAUCCAUUUGCAUUUCGAGUUCUGAUUUUGUAUUUUUUUUGCAAAAUUGAGUUAGGGUUAGGGUUAAGUGUGAUAAGUUGCAUGCGAAUUUGAAUUAUGCUAAAGUGAUGUGUUUUUGUUUUGUAUGCGAUUUAUAAUUUGGAUUGUGAUGUAAUGUGUUGUUGGUAAAUGUUGUUGUUAGGAUAAGUACAAUGUGGUUGUUAGUUCGUGCUCCAGGGGGUACUUUUGAUGUGAGGGUGGAUGACACUAAUAAGACCAAUUUGAUGGAGUUGAUUGAGUAUAUGUUUGAGGAUUCAGUGAAACAGAACUUAUAUCUCCCUAAAUACUUCACCCUGUUUGUCACCAAACCUAGAACAAAUCGUAAAUUAGAGUUAGUUGAUGAUGAGGGCAAUGUUGAAAAUGUGGGAGUGGAAUGAAGGGAAUAGUGAAAUUGAAGUGUUUAUAGAAGAGACAAAAACGCCAUCCCUUGUGUUUCAGUCUGCAGAAGCUAGUUGGGUAAAAACUUUGAAGAACGGGGCUGAAAAUAUUAGGGGCAAGAAAACCUAAAGAGUGGUUGAAGAAAUUGAUGUUGAGUCUGAUGCUUGGCCUUCUGAUGAUAGUGAAGAUGGUGAUUAUGAAGCUUCUGAUGUUGAGGCUGAUUCUGAUAUGGAGUUGGACAGUGAGGAUGAGUACAUUGUGAGAGAAGAAGAUGUUCGUGAUAAUAUACAUGAGAAGACCUUUGAGGAUUACUUAGAUGGGUCUCAUGUGUUAGACAAAAUGUACAAAAAUGGUAAAAUCUGGUAUCAAUUACCAUUUGGAUCUAUUGUUCUUGAGGAGUGGUUGAUAUUUAAAACCAAAACACAGUUUCUAGAUGUAUUCAGGGAUUACUGCAUACAAGAGAGCUUCUCUGUUUCAGUUGACCAUGUUGACAGUAAGAGGUACAUAGCAAGGUGUUUGAUGAGGGAUUGCACUUGGAGGAUUUAUGCUUUAGUUCUAAGAGACAAAGUCAGUUGGGCCAUAAAGAAGCUAGAAGGAGAGCAUGCAACUUGUGGGAGGUUGGAAGAGAAUCCUAUGAUCUCUUCAGCAUGGCUAUGCAAACAAUUGUUACAAGACUUAGAGGCAAACCUAAAUGUCCCAGUUGAUUUAUUGCAGAGGCUGUGCAUGAAAAGGUACAUGAUCCAUGUGAAGUUGAGAUUGUUAUACAAAGUGAAGAGUUUAGCGAGGGAGCAAUUACAUGGUGGUUUUGCCGAGUCCUAUCCAGCUCUUCCAAAGUAUGCUGAAAUGAUAAAGUCCACAAAUCUUGGGUCUUAUGCUCUAGUUACAUGGACUGACAGUUUGCAAUUUAAAGCCUGUUUCAUAUCUUUUACAGUUCAAGUGAGAGGAUUCUUAGGUGGUUGUGGACCUAUCAUAGGAAUAGAUGUUGCACAUUUAAAUGGGUAUUACAAAGGGGUUAUGCUCACUGCAGUUGCAAUAGAUGGGAAUAAUGAGAUCUUUGUGUUAGUCUAUGGGAUUGUUGACACAGAGAGCAUAGAUUCCUGGACUUAUUUUUUCAGAAACUUGAGGUGCUUGUUUGCUCAGUAUGAAUCUUAGAAGGAUGACUGGACUUUUAUCAGUGACAGGAUGAGGGUAAGUUUUUUUGAGAUUUGAAGCUGUUUAUUAACUUAGUCUUAUUUUUUAGGGGGUUGAAUCAGCUUUGUUUAAGGUGUUCCCAAGAGCUACCAAGAGAAUAUGCUGCCAGCAUUUGUACUCAAAUUACAAGGCUGCAGGAUGGAGUGGGGCAACAUUUCAUAAGAUGUUUUGGAUUGCGGUAAAUGCCUACAAUGAGUACGUUUUCGAAAAAGUUAUGUCCAAGAUAAAAGAGUUUGAUGCAGCAGCAUAUGACUAUCUUAAAAAAGUAGAAGAGCAGUGGAGUGUGCACAUGUUUGACACGACAGUUUGUUAUGAUCUUAACACAACAAACUUUGUAGAGUCAUUCAAUGCAAUAACAAAGGCCAACAUGGACAUGCCUGUGUUGACAUUGCUGGAAGAUGUCAGGAAUUGGUGCAUGAAAAGGAUGGGUUCCAGGUUCAAUGUGCCAGAAAUUGCACCACCCUAAGGGAAAAUAAAUGCUGGCAGGCCACCUAAGCAAAUGAGAAGAGUUGCUCAUGAAGCAAAAAAAGGAAAGAGGCAUAAGAAUAACAAAUGCAGCCUAUGCAAAAAACUAGGCCACAAUGUAGUGACAUGCAAGGCAAAAAAGGCAUCAUCAAAGAAGGCAGCACAUGCAGCUUCCUCUUCACAACAAGGCAACACAAAGGGAAAGAGAAAUGCUGCUACUUAGCAUUGUUUAGUGUCAUUUUUUUGGUGAACAGUGUUUAUUGUCAAGUUAUUUUUGAACAAAAUGUUAACUACUUGGUUUGUAUGACACUUCUUUUGUUUAUCAUAAUUCCAAUGGCUAUAUUUUUAAAAAAAAUGGUAUUUGAAGCAAAUAAAAAAAGUAAAUGGUAUACAGU